AUGAAUUAAAGCAAUCUUAAAUUAGAAAAACAAUUAGUAUCACCUAGACAAUAAUGUUUGCUUCCAAGUCUUCACUAUGAUUACAGUGCAAGGAAAAAAUAAAAAUUAAAGACUUAUUUUCGUGAAGAGAAAUGUACAUCCAUAAGCCCAAAAAAUCAGCUAAUCAAAACAUAGAGAGAUAUCAUAAAGUAAAUUGAUUCUGAAAGAAAUUCAUAACUUUAUUCUUUUGAAGAUGAAGUUAGCAGAUCUGUUAGAAUAUAAAGAAAGUCAAGAUUGCAUCAAGGAAAUAAAAUCUUAAAUCAUCCAAUUAUUAAUAAUAAACCUUUGUUAACUGAUACAUAAAUUGAAACAGAUACUCCAUAUUUUAAAGAAAAAGACUCUUCUAUUAGUAAAUCUGAUGAUGAAAAUGAUGAGAAAAAUGAAAAUAAAAUUGAUUUAAAACUAGAAGGUGAGACUGGUAAAGCUUUAAAAUAAAUAAGCCAUAAAAUAAGUAUACUUAUAUUUAUUAUUUUAAGAUCAAGAAUUAAAUAAUUCAUUUUAUCAUUUCAUAAAAAAAUCAGAGAAAAUGAAAGAUUUAAUUCUAAAUUUUUAACAAAAAGAUAAUCUGAGUCCAAUUCAUUACUAUUGUUUAAAUGAUAGUAUUUUUCCAAAAAGAAUAGAACUUAAUAAAUAAGAUGUUAAAGAAAUUAAUUUAUCCGAUUUAGGAUUAACUCCAAAAUAUAUUCCAUUAAUAAGGAAUUUAUUAAGUUAAAAAAGAGAUAAGGAUAUAAAAUCAAUUGAUAUAAGUCAAAAUAAAAUUAAUGAGUGGUCAUUAAAGUUAUUAAUUGAUGUUUUCCCAUUAAAAGUCAAAACAAUUAAUUUAUCGCUUAAUUAAUUAAACCGGAGAGGAGCAGUGCUUUUGUCAGAACAUUUGAAAAACUUUUAAAAGUAUAAUACAAUUAUUACUCAGUCUGAGGUUCUUGAAUUUAAAAGGAAAUUAAAUAGGAGAUAUUGGAACUGCAACAGUAUUAGAGGCAUUGAAAUUUAGUUAGAAAAUAAAAAAAUUAAAUUUAUCAGAUAAUUCAAUUUCUGAUGCUAUAUUUAAUGAUUUAAAAGAGUUUAUAAUAAAAAACUAAUCAUUGUAAGUUUUAAGUUUGAAUUGGAAUUAAUUAGGUCCAGUAGCAGGAUUAUUUAUAGCAAAAGGAUUGAAUUCUAAUAAAUCAAUUAGAGUUGUAGAUUUAAGUUAUAAUAAAAUUGGUUAAAGUGAUAAUAAUUCUGAAUGUAUGAAGGAAUGGUGUUCUCUUUUAAGUAAUACAUAUACAGAAUUAAUUCAUUUAGAUAUAUCUUAUAAUUAAUUUAAUGAGAAAUAACUUUAAUUAAUAAACUAUUCAAUAUUAAAGAAUUCAAGGUUAUAUGGUUUACAUGUUGAAGGAAAUAAAUGUUUAGCUUAUGUAGAUCCUUUAGGAUUUAUUUAAUUUCCUUAAUAAAUAAAAGGGAAACAAAGUAUGUAACCUAAACAUUAAAAUAUUGAUGGUGUAAAUUUCAUUCCUAUGUUAAAUGAAAAUGAGAAAGGAUGUGAUUGCUGUUGGAUUUGUUAAGGUUGGAUGGAAUAUCAUUUUAUUUAUGAACCUGAACCUGAAGAAUGUUAAACUGAUUCUAUAUAUUUACAUUUAGAUUUUUUAGAGUAAAUAUAUAUUUAAGUAUUUUAGUUUUAAACCCAUAUCAAUGACUACUAGUAAAGAAUUAUGGAAAUAAAUAAAUAAUAAAUUGAAUAGUACUAAUAUUUAAGAAGAUUUAACAACAGGAGAGAUUAUUCAUUAAUUAAAACAUGCUUUUAGUGCUGGUAAAAUGAUAACUAUGACUGCUAUUAAUGAUGCGUAUUUAGAGGAUAAUAAAGCAAAAGAUGAUAUGAAAUUAAUAUUAUCUGAAUUGAAUUCAAAAUUCUUUUUCACCUCUUAUUAAAUGUGUCCUCCAAAUUAAAAAAUACUUUAUUUUUUUUCUAAUCCUACAGGAAAAGGAAUAUUUAUUAAUGAAAGAUUUCCAAUAAUUUCAUUGCAAUCUAAUGAAAAUAUUGAAUUAAUUAUGGAUAAAGAAAAAGUAUUUUUUUAUCCUGAUGGAUCUCAAAUUUCAUUAUCAUAAGUUAAUUAAGUUAAUUAUUUCUAAACAAAAUAAAUGUUUGUUAUUGAUUAAAAAAAUUAAUACAAACCUUUAGUAAAAGUAAUUCCUAGAUGUUUAGAAAAUAAAUAUUUUUUAAAAAGAUUUGCUGUUGAUGCAUCAAAAUAAAAAUCUAAUUUAAUUUAUUGGUAAAAAGAAUAAUCAGCUUUUAAAUCAUAUUAGGGAGAUACAGAAGAUGUAUUAGAUGAAUGUUUUAAAUUUGAUUGGAAUUGUAUGGGUAUUUAACACUUUUUAAAAAAUGAGUAAGAAGUAGAAAAAGUAAUUGAAAUUAUGAGAUUUCAUUAUCAUAAAAUAAAAGAUAUUUAUAAGUAUUAUUCAGGUUUUGGAUAUAAUGCUAAAAAACUUAUAAAUGGUUAUUAAGUUGAAACAUUUUAUAUUCCUCUGACUUUAAUUUAUGAUUUAAUUUAAGAUUUAUUACCUUAAGGCAUAUUAUUUGAAGAUGUAGAAUCUUAAGUAAAUUAAAUUAAAUAUAAUUGUGAUAAUAAAUUUAUAUAUAAUCCAGAAAAAGGUUUUGUCAGAUAUUAAUUUAUUGAAUUUAUUUUUAGAAUCGCUCUUUUAAUAACAAAAUAAAAAUAUAAAAUUGGCUUAAUUGUAGAUCAAGUUUAUAAAACAUUCUAAACAUUAACUGAAAGAUUUGCAGCUUUUGAUAACUAACAAUAAUGGAGAUAAGAACGUUUAUGGACAAAAGAAUGUGGAAAUUUAAUCUAUAUAAAAUAAGGUUUUAUUUAGAGAUUACAUGAUUAUGUUGCAUGUAUUAAAAAUAAAAAAUGGACAUUUAAAUUAAAAUGGAUUGCAUUGACAGAAUUUAUAGAUUUUUGUAAUUUGAUGGGAUUUUAAUAAUUUUUGACUGAAACUCAAUUAAAAAUCAUUUACAAUUUUUCAAUGUAAACACAUUAGGAUGAAUUGACUUAAGACAGACAUUUAAGAAUGUCUUCUGUAGAAUUCACAGAAGCAUUAGCUAGAAUAGCUGAAUUUAUUAGUCCUAAUGGAAAUGAUAUUGAAAAUACUUCCACAUUAAGAAUGAUAAUACCAUUACAUAUUAAAUUAGAGAAUCUUUUAACACAUAUAUUCAUUACUCUAAAAUUGCUUAAGUAUUUUUAUUUACAUAUAAAGAGUGAAUAAUUUUGAGUGCUUUAGUAUAUACUUUAGCUAUAAUUCAAAUGAAAUUUUACCAAAACCCAUAGAGUAUCAACCAGAUUAAUAUGAAUGUACAACCUAAGAAUUGAGAAUAUAUAAUACUCUUUCUUAUUUAAGUAAAAUUAAAAUUUAAUUAGAAACCUUUAAAACUCCAUAUUUACAUCCAAAUUAUAAAUAAUUCUUGGAAAUACCUUUUUAAAUGGGAUAAAUUUUAAAAUCAAAGAAAAGUGUUGUUGAAAGAUAGAUGACACAAAAAUAAAAACUCUUAAAACUGAAGGCUACAUUAUAAUUACUAUGA